CUCCAUUUCUACCGAUCCAUCGCUUCUCUCUUGUUCUUAUCCAUCUAUUUUUCUCUCUACACACACAAUCUCACUCUUCCGACUUUCUCGAUUAUUUCCCCCAAAAUCUUCACGUAGUUCAUUUGAUUUAAUAAAGAUUUUGGGUUGAAAAAUUAAGAAUUUAGAUUAUUUAAUAUUUUUGUUGAAGAUGAAGGAUAACAAGGGAAAUCCAUUACGUCUCUCUUCUGUGAAUCAUAUCUCACUUGUUUGCAAAUCAGUUGAAGAAUCAGCUUAUUUUUACCAAAAUGUUCUUGGCUUUGUACCGGUUAGAAGGCCUGGUUCAUUUGAUUUUCAUGGAGUAUGGCUGUUUGGUCACGGGAUUGGGAUACAUCUGCUGCGAUCAGAUGAUCCAGAAAAAAUGCCUAAGAAAACUGUGAUUAAUCCCAAAGAUAAUCAUAUUUCUUUUCAGUGCGAGAACAUGGCGAUGGUGGAGAAGAAGCUAGUGGAAAUGGGGAUUGAUCUGGUGCGGCAGAGAGUAGAGGAAGGAGGGGUGUACGUGGAGCAGCUGUUCUUCCACGAUCCGGAUGGGUUCAUGAUCGAGAUAUGCAACUGCGACAACAUCCCGAUAGUACCAUUGGCUGGGGAAAUUGUACGCUCGUGCUCGAGGUCGAGGAUGAAUCUGCCGCAGCAGAUCCAUCUCCCCGUGGUACAACCGUAGGAAGUUGUACGUCAUAACAACACUACAAAUCCGAUUUGGCCAACCUUUUUUUUGUUUCUUCUUCACUUUGUUCUUGUCGUAAUAACAUGUUCGGGAAUUCCAUUUUAAUUUUACGAUUA